UCCACAAUGGGCUCUGUCUGCCUGAGACGAACAUCCGGCUGGCAGCAGCCUGCACACUGAGACGGUGUCUUUCUGAGGGGGAACUAACAGCAAGGUGGGCCAAAGUUCAUCAAGAGGAAGCAACUGUAGUUCUGGAAUCUGGACAGACACACAGAAAUCUGUGGGAGGGUUAUUCACUCUGACUCUAAAACGGCAACAAUCCUCAACAGGACGCGUAACACAGUAAGACCCCGGAGGGGGUGCCUGUAGUAAAUGAGAAGGGCUGCUGUUGAUGUUCCUGAGUGACCUUACUAAUUAGGACCAGGAUGCUGGAGAAGCUGUGAACACUCAAGAGGACAGCACAACGUGAGUUCCUGAUUGGAGGGUCCCAUGGUGCUAUGACACAGGUGUCUGAGACAGACUGUGUGUGUCGCCUCUGACCUUCUACCUUACUGUGGGUUACCCUGUUGGAAAGACAGACACUCCACUGACUGACAGGUGGACAACAACACUGUCGGAUGUCAUGGCGAUGGCGGCGUGGUACCACCGUGACAUCACCCGUGUGCAUGCAGAGGACCUGUUGGCUCGGGCUGGAAGGGACGGCAGCUUCCUUGUCAGGGACAGUGAGUCUGUGCCUGGAGCCUACGCCCUCUGUCUGCUGUUCCAACGGCACGUUCACACUUAUCGUAUUCUUCCUGAUGUAGAUGGCCUAUUAGCUGUUCAGACUUCUCAGGGGGUGCAGGUGAACUGUUUCCGUACACUGGGGGACCUGGUGUUGGGGUACCAACACCCCCAUAAGGGUCUGGUCACCCCUCUGCUGUACCCUGUGGGGAGGGACAUGGAGCCUGGGGAUGAGAGCUCAGGUGAUGAUGAGAAGCCAGGGCUGGUGUGGAGUCCCAGCCCAUUCCCAGUCUCGGUCAGUAUAGCUCCCCCCGCUGGACUCCCAGUGAACCCGUCACCACACCUCCUCUUCCUCCACAGGCUACAGGAGCUCAACACAUCCAGCAUGGCAGGUGAGGUGGUUGGACUGCUCAGUGAGUAUCUGCGCAGUGAGCUGCCUCUGGAUGUCGAGGGUCUACGUAGAGGAGCAACAGGCCUACGCCAUCUACACCAAACCCUGGGCACCGCAUGCCAGGGGCUCAACAGUGAGAUUGACCUGAUCAUGUCCAGUUUGGAGACGCUGGCCAAAGUGUUUGACCAUCCCAUCUGCCCUUUAACCUCUGCCAAGCCACAGAACAUGGGUAGAGGUCCAGACAUGGAGUUGGACAGCCUGCUGUGUAAGAUCUCUGUCCUGGUCAGCCUGCUCUCCUCCCUGGAGAAGAGGGUGCUGAAAGCUCUUCAAGAUGCUGUGACCAAUCACAACCUGGCUGUGCAGCCUGCCCCUCCACCUGAGCCCGCUCUUGCUCCAGCUCCAGCCUCUGCUCUAGCUCCAGGCCCUGCUCCAGCUCCAGCCCCUGCUCCUGCUCCAGCUCCAGCCCCUGCUCCAGCUCCAGCUCCUGCUCCAGCUUCAGCCCCUGUCCCUGCCCCAGUCCCUGUAGCCAAGAACCAUUCCAGGCCCUUACCUGUCCACUCCUUUCAGAUUAAGAUGGUGCGUUACGGCAGACAGACAGUGUCAUUGGAUGUGGACACAGGAGUGCUGCUGUUUGACAGGAAGGCCGGGUCAUUUGGAGUGGAGACGGUCUCACAUGAACGGAUUCUGCAGCUAGUCAAGUUCCAGAGCAGCCCAGCCAAGCUGCGCAUGGUCGUGGACAGUCAUCACAACAACCCACGGGAGCUCAUGUUUGAGAGUGCAAGGGUGGCAGUACAGUCCCUGUGGAACAUGAGGCUGGCAGUGUUUGUGAAGCCAGAGCACGAGAGUCGCAUCAGCCAUGUGAACACAGCCAGUGUGAAGACUGGCCUGGGGAACACACUGGGAAAUAAGGGUGCUGUUGGGGUCUCCUUCCUCUUCAACAGUACCUCUUUGGGGUUUGUUAACUGCCAUCUGACCUCUGGCAGUGAGAAAGUAGUCAGGAGGAACCAGAACUUUGCCGACAUCCUCAGGCUGUUGUCCCUGGGUGACCGGCAGCUCAGUGCCUUUGACGUGAGCCUGCGCUUCACACAUCUCUUCUGGUGUGGAGACCUCAACUACAGACUGGACCUGGAUGUACAGGACAUUCUGAAACAUGUGUCCAAGCGGGAGUUUGAUGAGCUCAUGUGUGCUGAUCAGCUAACACAAGAACGACACAAGAGAAAGGCCUUUCUCAAUUUCAAGGAAGAGAAGAUUGUUUUUCCGCCCACCUAUCGGUACGAGAGGGGGUCCAGGGACAGCUACCUGUGGCAGAAGUACAAGACCUCUGGCGUGCGUGUCAAUGUGCCGUCAUGGUGUGACCGGAUUCUGUGGAAGUCCUACUCAGAGACACAUAUCACCUGCAACUCCUAUGGUUGUACAGAUGACAUGUUCACCAGUGACCACUCGCCUGUUUUCGCCACGUUCCAUAUAGGGGUGACAUCAAAGUUCAAAACAGAGCCAAGCUUGAGCAUGGAGAGGGCCUGGAUAGAGUUGGAGGGCAUCGAGGCUAUUGUGAAGACAGCCGGCAAAGCCAAGUUCUUCAUUGAGUUUCACUCAUCCUGCCUUGACGAGAUCCGCCGUUCCAUAGAGAAUGACUCACAGAGCUGUGACGUGCCUUGCUUCCUGAAACUGGGCUGGUCUUCCAAGCAGCUGCCCAAGCUUCUCCCGAUCGUCUCUGACAUGGAGUACCUUCAGGAUCAGCACCUCCUGCUGUGCGUCAAGUCAUGUGAUGGGUUUGAGUCAUACGGUGAGUGCUGUGUGGCGCUGCGCUCCCUCAUCGGUGCGGCGGAGCAGUUUGAGACGUUUCUGACCCACCGGGGCGAGGAGAUGGGCUCCAUACGUGGGCGGGUCAGGGUCCACGUGCCCAAGGACCGGCGAAGAACACGUGAGAAGAUCUACGAGUGGUUCUGCUUCGAGAAGGACGAGAAGGGUCUGGUGAGGGGACACUUGUCUCCUCAGUCCACUCAGGCACCUAUCAGCCGAUCCUCACCCCCUCCACCCAAGCCAGCCCCUAGCAGUUACACAAACCCCGCUUACUUCAUAUUUGAAGGUGUGUCUGUCCUGCGCAGGGUGGAGGAGGCUCCACCCCCUCGUAGGGACCUCCAAGUGGUCUGGGCCGGCGACUCAGCGCUGCAGCUCCCAAAGCUCUCUGGGGGGCGUGGCUAUGACAGGAAGUCCGCUCGCAGGUCGGACUUCACUGAAAUCGAGAUUCCAGGCAUCCUGCCCCACUACUCCUCCUCCAAUGACCAUCAUCCUCCCCAGGCCAACUCCUCCUAUCAGCUCUUCCCAGCAAAAAACCCAUCGCCAAUCCCCCCUGCCGCAAACCCCACCACCACCUCUCACUAUCAUGAACAGCCCAUACAACCACAACCAAGCAAAAACCAUGUUGUCCAGGACGCCAUCCUGCCUCCCAAGUACCAGAGGAACAUGUACACGGACCACUCCGCUGUCAUCAGAGAGACCCCCAGGAGAGAACAGCCUAGGGUGCACCAACAGGAACGAGACAGCCCUGUAAGGAGCAGCAAACCCACCUCCCUCUACACCUAUGUGUCCACCCACGUGCCCCACGUCCAGGCCUCAGCCCCCUGGGUGGCGGAGCAGCCAGUUGAACCCCUAGGGGACCACUCCCUCACAGCCCUGCAGAUUGCCAAGUCACUAAGUGAGGUGGACUUCUUCCCUGUGGACCUCAGGGCUCCAUCCACACCACGCCUGAGACCGGCCCAGAGGAAUGACCUGGCCAUGUCUACCGAGAGAGGCUACUGCUGGGAGAAAGAGGUCCUCCGUGGGGCUCCAGAGACUGUGCGGGAGCUACUCAGCACGCUGGGUCUGCAGAAUUACACCCUGGGACUCAGCCUCAAUGGCUGGGACGACCUGGACUACUUCAGUGGCAUCACAGAGGAGGACCUGCGUGCAGCCGGAGUGUCAAACCCCUCGCAUCGCCGGAGGAUCCUGGAGAACCUACCCAGGAUCUGGGAUUCACUAUAGACCUACUUACGUUGUUUGAGUUCUCAAACGGAAGCCGAUGGACAUCAGUGACAGAUGCCAUAAUGGAAUACAAGUCGCCUCUUCUCCUCGCCAUCAUUUUAUUUACAGUAACAACGAGUUGCUUUUAUGCCAACACACAAAAGACGCAAUGCAUGUCCCAUGAAAUCCUCAUCUCAUAUCCCUUACCAUUCACGUGUACACCUUCAAAUGAGAGAUGUGGACUCAAGUCACUGUCAAACAUUUUAUAUCCAAUUUAGAUCCACAUAGCUAAAUAUUGGCUAUGCGUCUCCUCAGCAGUCACCAGAAUGUAGUGUUUACUGAGCACUCACACCCAUGACCUCGUCCCCUGCUCGUUCCACUCCUCUGCCGAUAUAGAGAACAGCACAGAGCUUGUUAAAGCACUCAAUAAAGGCCAUGGAGGGGGAAAUAUAUAGCUGUACAUAUUUGCCAGUCCACGUUUUAACAUGGCCUGUAAAGUUAAUAUUAAAAACUGCCUGGUUUGCUGUCUGAUGGUAGCAUUAUGUUGUAACCAGGGUGUAGUUGAUCUUAGUGAUAAGAGGAGAAUCCAUUGGGAGGAAUUAGUGAACCCUGGGCUAGUUUAUUUACAUUCUGUCCAUUACUCCUACAUUGUAUAUCCUGUUUCUCUAUCUGGUUAUCUCUCUCUUAGACCAUAACUCUUGUGUGCUCUUCAAGGGCCACACACCCAUUUAACAUGUGUUUCUGUGCACUGUACCAUAUUUUAUUUUACUGCCUUUUCAAACAGAAUUGUAUAAAUCGAACUGUUGACUGAG